AUGAACCCCAUCCUCAAUAAAAACGAGCUCAAGAUACGCACCAAACUCCAAGACCACCGUGAGCAUCCACGUGCGAUUCAAGAAGUCUCCGUCACCGUAACUCAUCCUCAACACAAAACUGUUGCAACGCUAUCUGCCUGGCGGCUCGACCGGCCCUACUUUUGCGACCGUUUCCUUCAAAUACUUGACGAAGAAAUAGACGAAAUGCAUGAAUUUUCUGCGACGCUUUUCGACAAGUAUGGUAACGUCCAGCCACAUCUCGUCGAGCCAGGGUACCGGAGCGGGAGUGGAUGCUGGGGCCGAGAGUUGAAUGAGGGAGUGUUGUUCUACAUCUUUUGGGUCUCUGUGGAGGAGGCUCUCCGUGGUCAAGGAAUUGGCUCGUGGAUGCUUGACAAGUUUCUCCAUUCCAAACACGUCGAAGAAAAUGAUACCGUAACUUGCUGGCCAACACCUAUGGGUAUCGAGGGAGAGCUCUGGGAAGAUGCCAAGAAUCGUCAGGUUGCAUUCUUUCGCAAGAACCACUUCCGCCGAAUUGGCCGCACCGUUUUCUUUGCUUAUUCACCGAACAACAACCAUCCAUCGCGCCGUGUUGCUGUCAAGGACGAUGUUCAAGCACUGAGCGAAAUCUUCUCCUCCGUUCCCGACCCUGCCAAAACGAGACAAGAAUAUCCAUUGCAUGCCGCGAUCUUUGAUGAUAAAACCGGCCAGAUCGCCACCUUGAUUCAAUCCUGCUAUGAUAGCGACCCAUCUAGUGUCCACACAUCCGACUUGACUGGUUUCACACCUCUUCACAUUGCGGCUGGGCAGGCUAAUGUUAUCGCUAUUCGCAAACUGCUGAGCUGGGACAUGAGCUCGGACCUUUUGAACGCCACUAAUUCGGACGGCGCCACCCCCUUGGAACUUUUGCAGUCAACGAUGAGCUCAAGCCGUAACUUUUCUGAAAUGUUGCUCGACAACUGGCGCGGAUAUUCGGCGGAUGCGCUUGAGGCAGAGUUUUUGCUCAAACAAAGUAUGGGUAUGCUAGUUCAAAGCACAGUCGAGCAGUAUACUGCCAAGAACAAGUAUGGUUGCACCUGCGGCCGUUGUGCAGGCGGCUGGCUGUCUCCCCGCAUGCGUUUUCAGCUCGAGUGUCAAGCGGCUUACGCAAAAGAUACAAUGCCGGACCUUUACGACGACUUUACGCCCCGCCAACCAGCUAGCUUUGACUACUAUAUGCACUCAGACUACAUCCCUCGUCGUUUCCAGUCAAGUUUCUAUCUCUCGUUCUACAAGGGCUACUGCGAUGUGUUCAAUGCCGUUUACGAGCUCCUCAGCUCCACCAAUGAAGUUUUCUCGCUUGCCAACGUCAAACGAUACCUUUCCAACGACUCUGUCUUCUAUUUCCGCAAGGGUGGCCGAUUGGAGUAUGUUUUUGACGCUAUAACGGACAGUGCCUUCCAGCAGUCUUCCCUUGGCGAUGGCGAGCAUGAACGCAUAUUCGCGGACUACGAACACUGGACCACUCUCCCGACCUGCGCAAAUGAUCUCGAGUUCCAUCUUGUCCGGUUGAUGCUGGGUAUGAAUCCGCGAGAGCGAUGGGGCCCGUACGAUGUACCCACUGCGUCAGGGCUCAGAGAAAGUCUUGAUCGCGAUUUGGAGGAGUCGGAUGCGGAGAUGGAGUCUGAAGAGUCGGACGUGGAAAUGGAGUCGGAAGAGUCAAACACAUCGACUGAAGAAGAUUCAGCAGAGGAACUUGACACAGACGAUGACGAUGACUGA